GUCAAUCGUACGACAGUCACGUGAUUUGCUCACAUGAUCCGUAGAAACGAGGAAAAACUUCACAGUUCAUGAUGAUGAUCGGAAAAAUGAAGCUUUUGGUUCUCUCUGUUGUAACUUUGCUUAUAUCUGUUGUGUCUGCUGCCAUUCCAUUUAAAGAAUGUGAUGGCAAAACACAUGUGAAGGGGGUUGGAGUUCUUGGAUGCACUGUGGCACCAUGCACAUUAAAAAGGGGAACAAAUGCUACAAUUGAAGUGGACUUUGUUGCAGACACUGCUGCCACACAACUCAAAGCUGUAGUUCAUGGGAUCAUUGGAGGUAUUCCCAUUCCAUUCACUCCCCCUAAUACAAAUGGGUGCGUGGAUUCAGGAAUCAAUUGUCCAGUGGCCACUGGAAAAAGCUACAAGUAUUCUAACAAAAUUCCAGUUCUGACAAACUAUCCUAAGAUAAGGCUAGUUGUGAAGUAUGAACUUGUAAACGAAAAGAGCCAGUCAAUGUUUUGUGUUGAACUUCCUGCUCAGAUCCAGUAAGAGACAGAAAUCUGUGAUGAUGCAUGCGUGAGCAAGCAUAAUACAUAUUAACUUUUUUUUUUAUGGAAAUCAGGUUGAUGAAUCUCUGUUAAACACAGCUGCUUGUUAUACAAGUAUAUUUUAAAAAAAAAAAUAAAAAUGAACACUUUGAUGCUAUGUUUUAAUGCUUAUGCUCAAUAAUUUACAAUAUAUUCAAGAUUCACACUACUAAAUGAAUGUAAAAAGAAUUUGGUAUAUUUAUGAUACUCAUAUGAAAUGCUUUUAUAAGUAAAAUUUUGCUGAGUACAUCAUUUUAGUUUUGAGUUUUGCUAAGAAAUAUUUGCUUUAUACAGUUGAAUGUAAUACAUAAUGAAAAAGUCUGAAAAUAUGUGGUGUAUGGGUAUUGCUUUUGAAAUAUUGAAUAGACUUAAGUUAUUUAAAAAGUCAAAUUGUACAGUAAAUGUCAAUCAUUUUGUUGUUUUGAUUGUUUACUCACUCUUUGGAAGCAUUUUUUUUAUGCAUGUUUAAGAUCUGAUUUUGGUUUUUGUUGGGGGGGGGUGUUUAAAGCAGUAAGGGGCCCUUGAUCUAUCAAUAUGUUUGAAAUUUUUCUUGUUCAAAGUGUUUUUUGAUCUGACAUGCAUUGGUAUGACAUUAUUUCGCUAUUUGGUGCAGAUAUAUGUAUGACUGUAUGAGUGCUUUCUUUUUGUAACAAGGUUUAUCCUGUAAAACAUUUUCACAAGUGGCUAAUUAGAGGUACUUCGUAUAUGUACGUGUACUUAACUUUGUGGAAAAUAGUCAACCAUUUGUUUUCAUUACUUUAUUAAGUCAUCAUUCAUCAUAUUUACAAGCUUUCAUCAUAGUUACAAGCUUUAAACCAAUGAAAAUGGCUGUUUUACAAUGAUCAUGUAAGAGAAGGAGAGAUUGGUUGAUGUGAUUGUAACUUGAAUUCAAUCUCAUCUUUAUUUUCUGAAUAAAAAUUAUCCACAAAGCUCUAACAUUUCAUUUAAUAUUUUGAUGUAUUUAUUGAAUUUUGAAAAUGAUAAGACAGUUUAGUGUUUGAAAAAACCGUAUGUUGUGACAAAAACUGUGUAAAAUGUACUGAAAUAAAUUUCCAGAAUUUG